AAUUUUGUCAACAAAGAAAAAAGGAAAACACGGAGCAACAACGGAAAAUACGUUUUUGUGUUGUUUUUCUGCUGUGAAAGUUUUAAAAGCAGAUUGUUUCAAUCGGAUCUGUUUAUAAAACAUAAGUAUUUGUAAAGAGCGUGUGUGAUUUUCUAGCAAAGAAUCAGCUAUUGUUUGAUACACAGGGUUAAUUCAAAACUAAGACCAUCAAUGCCAUCUCAGUGCCUGUGAUCAUGGUCAGCUUUUUCUUGUCAACAUCUCGCCGACCGUAUCACCCGCUGGAUGAUGACCUAAAUGAUGAAGAGCUUCUUCUCUCUCAAGACUUGGACAUCUCUGAAGACAUACCUGCCAACUACAUUUCAGGACACGAUCCAGAAACAGACGCAUUGUGUAACUGUUGUGUGCAACCACAAAUUCAAAGGAUUCCUAGGAUCAACUUUGCUUACUUCAACAAUGAUAAGUGGAAGAAGAGAUUUGACAUUUUAAUUUGUUUAUUUGUCUUGUCUUGCCUGGUCGGUGUAAGCGUGAGACUAGGGGUGUAUACUUUGUUAGAAAAGACUCCUGCUCCGGUUAUAGACAAGUCGUACCAGGCAUUCCGGAUUCCCCAACAUGAGGCAUCAAUGCACUGGGGGGCUCUGCAGGCAGCCAAGCGUAACCUGUCAAAGUCGAAAAUUGACUAUGAUAAAAUGGCCACUGUGGACUUUGACUGGGUUUUCAGCCAACGUGAUCAAGGCAAGUCGAGGGCCAAAAGACAAAGCUCAUUUCAAUUUGCUGCCCACGAACAGGACAGGGUGUUGGAACAGCGGGACAAGCGAGAUGUGACCCAGGAAAAUGGGAACCAGAUUAUCACUGCCUUGCCCCAGCAGUAUUACCCACUGUGGAGAAUGCAGGUUGUGUUUAUGGCUAAAGAUGGUGAAAAUAUUUUUACAAGAGAAAAAUUACAACACAUUCAUGAAAUUGAGAAGAAAAUCAUUGCCCAUGAAAAGUUCUCAGAGUUCUGCCUUAAAGACCCAUUCCACGCAGUGAUACAAAAAGAUCCGGCUGUCAAAGCCAUUAACGGUUGUGCCCCUUUAAAUUCCUUACUGAGUUACUUCUUCCCGUCAAAAGACGAGAUUGGUAAUGUCUAUUAUGACGGGCUUGGUGAAAACAUGGACAACAUCGAUAGCGCCCUAAAGCUUGCGAUGACUUCAACAAAGUUUUAUUAUUAUGUGGAUGAGAAGGUCAACAGCUCCUUCUUGAAAAGCAGGCUGAUAAGAACCGAAGUGCUGUUUGGUGCUCCCUUAAAAGGAUUUUCAACACCUUACUUAAAUCGACAUGAACAGACGCAGAAGUUUAAAGACUUUGUUGUUUCUUACAUAAACCUUCUCUCCCAAUCAUCCAACAGUGAACUCUCAGUCCUCUAUGGAGGCAAUGAAAUAUUUGAUUACGAAGUUGAAACAACAUUCUGGCAAGAUUUAAAUCUUGCCGUGUAUGCUUUGCUUGCCAUCUUUGUGCUCAUGUUGGUGCUGACGUCUGGGUCAAUAUGGCUGACCUUCUGGGGUUUUAUCAGUAUUCUUCUCAGUGCCCCAUUGGCGAUUUUCUUCUACCGUGUUGUGUUUGGAGUUCGGGCUCUAGGGAUUCUAAAUGGCGCCGCUGCUUUUGUGAUUAUUGGCAUAGGUGUAGAUGAUGUGUUCGUAUUUAUUAAUGUGUACCGACAAGCCACCCACCUUCAUACCCCUCGAGCGCGCACAAAGUACACAAUCGUCACUGCUGGGAAGUCAACGUUCUUCACUUCCUUUACCACUGCUGCUGCAUUUGCUGCUAACAUGGCCUCGAUGAUCCCUGCAGUACACGACUUUGGCCUGUUUAUGUCGCUGAUUGUGGCCAACUGCUGGUUGACUGUGAUGAUCUCCAUGCCUCCAGUGCUGUACAUCUGGGACAUUGCCUUCCGCCAUUGUGAAGGGAAAAUAUACGCUUUCCUUUGUUGCUGUUUACCCAAGUCCCUGUGCACAAACCUGUCCGUUCCUGACGAUGUUUCCAAGUUCCUUGACAACAGUAACCAUGGUGAUACGGGUCAUGUGACCUCAGCAAGGGAGGUCACUUCAGAUGAGGAAGAGGAUGAUGUCCCUUUGUUGUCAAUGGAAAAUCCUUUGCAGUAUAUAGAUACAGCUGAAGAUGACAGUUUGGUGCUAGUCGACCCUGACCCACUUGUGUUGCCAGAGGAUAUAGACAACCAGAAAGCCUGUCAUCUCGGGGCUAAACUGCAGGCUACACUCUACCAUUACAUGGUGGUGCCUGUUAUCAAGGCUAGAUGGUUCAUUAUUGGUAUAACGACCAUACUACUGUUUGUGUCUGUGGGUUUGUUGACCCAGCUAAAGACAUCCACAAAACCACCACAGUUUUUCCGAGAAGACACAAACAUACAACAGCUGCUAAACCUGAAGUCACGAUACAGUGCUAUUGAUACGGUGACUUGUAAUGAUUGCUCAGCCAUCUACAGUCUGGGAGAGAAAGCCAGUCAAAAGAUCCCAACACCUUCCAUCAAACAAUUGACCACGACAAAACAAACUGAGGGGAGGAGACCUGACCAGCAAACCACAGCCAAACCAAACCCCCCAGGGCUGCCAAAAAUAACAACAACCCGAAAACCAUACAUUAAACCAACACAAAGACCACAACCACAGCCAAAACCUCAUACAUCGCCACAUCCACAUAUACUGCCACUACCACUUACAUCUCCAAAACCACCACCUUAUGUUCCAAGAACAAUAAAACCAGUCAUUGUUCCUAGUAUACCAAUCAACCCAAGUAACGAAGUGCCGGUGAAGGUGCCGACCCUUAAAUCAGUCCCUGAGAACUACGACGUGUGCAAGGAUGCAGACUGCAGCCACCCUAAGGAGAGACCCCUGCUUGAAUCUGGUGCCACUGUGUAUGUGGUGCUGGGUGUGAAAGAUUUCCACUGGUCUCAAGUUGAUGUUGGGCAUGUCAUGUCAGAAAACCUGGGUGAAAUUCAGUUUGAUCCAGCUUUUGCAUCAGCAUUCAAUUUUACUAACCCCAAAGUUCGCACCCACCUAGCUGAACUGUGUACUGUUUGUAAGGAGAUUGCAAGCAACAGGGAGCUGGUGAAGAAUGGAAGUGCUCAGUGUCUGCCUACCAAUUCCUUGCCCCCUAUGAUAAGCAUUGUUCUUCAUAAAGCACUGGCCAUGGUGCCUGAAUGCAAGAACUUGCCGGAAGCUAUUCCUAUAUAUGGCAACCAGCAGCCUGCACAUGCAUUGGGUGGCCUUACUGAUGAUGUCACAUCCGCCAGGUGGAUCGCAUUUGCUUUUUCUUCAACCACCUCUAAAGGCAAGUCCUACUUCGAGGCCCACAAGGAGUACAAAAAAUGGGAGAUAUUCCUACAGAAGGUCCGCAGCAGGCUUCCAGAAGACAGCCCCAUGAAGAACCUCUUCCAGACUUCCGAAUUUUGGCCAGAGGUGUUCAUGGAGAUAGUGGCGGUGGACAGUGCCAUAUAUGGAGUGGUGCUCUCGAUGGUCAUCUGUAUGCUGGCUGUGGUCAUCUUCACAAGGCAUUUGAUACUGCUUCUCAUAAUCUUCAUAUCUAUCACAGAGAUGGUGUGCCUGGUUGUAGGGAUAUUCUAUAUUCUUGGCUGGGAGGUGGGGGGAGUGGAGGCAAUCUCGUUGUCCAUCUUGGUUGGCUCGUCUGUGGACUACUGUGUACAUCUGGUGGAAGGCUACAUCCUUGCUGGCAAGGCAUGCCCAUUCAAAGAUGACGCCAGAUUGGCCCGACAGUGGAGAACAAAAGCCACGUUCAGCCAUAUUGGAGUCUCCAUUAUCAGCUCUGCCCUUACAACAAUUAUUGCUGCCAUCCCCCUCACACAGACAACCAUACAACCAUUUGCCAAGUUUGGUCAAAUUAUUGCCAUUAAUACUUCUGUUUGUAUUUUGUAUUCUCUCACACUGUGUGUAGCCUUGCUGAGCACUAUAGCUCCACCUUUUUACAAGCCAAACUGGAAAUCAUUGGUGAAGGCAAUUGUUGGAACAGCCGUUGUGGUGGGUUUGGCUGUUCUUCUUAUGUUUGUGCUGAGCAGAUUCGGUGUUGAUAUACCUGGGCCAAAUGGUGGAUCACUGUUUUAAAAAUUUUACUUUAUACAUUGCUUACAUUAGAAGUAGAAGAAAGCUGCUGUGAUGUAUUUUGUGCAAUUAAUGUAUCUGAUGUACAAUUAUGUGAUUAUGGGAUGCAGAAUGACCCCAUAUUAUUUUCAUACUAUAAGAAAGGGAUUAAAAUUGUUAACAUUAAACCGUCAAGUAUAUAACAAACUUUUUUACCUUGAGUCCAAUUUAAGUUGAAACAAAAAACAAAAAUAAAUCUGCAGUCAUUUAUUUCACAUAUAAGUUAUCAGUUAUCGGUUAACAAUUACCUUUUAAAUAAUAGCAAAUGUAAACAUGUCAUCUGGCAUGUAUACAAAGUCAUCUGGCAAGUAUAAAGGGUCACCUGGCAAAUUAUAUGGGGCAGGUACACGGGGUCACUUGGCAAGUAUACAGGGUCACUUGGCAAGUAUACAGGGUCACCUGGCAAGUAUUUAGGUCACCUCGCAAGUAUACAGGGUCACCUGGCAAGUAUACCAGUAUACAGGGUCACCUGGAAAGUAUACAGGGUCACCUGGCAAGUAUACAGGGUCACCUGGUAGGUAUAUAGGGUCACCAGGUAGGUAUACAGGGUGUCCUGACAGGCAUCUACAUUUAACAUUGCUAUCAAUGGCUCAAGAAAUGGCAAGCAAAUUUGUACAUCAGAUACUUUAAAAUGUGAUUUUCUAUAUGUGAUGGCUUUGAUGAAUUUUGGCAUAAAUUUAAUACAAUUAAAUGAUGUUGAACUUGUACAAAAACUAUUUUUAUACCCAUUUAAAGGACUAACAUUUACUUUUUUGUUCAAAUUUUAUGAUUUUACAUCGUCAGACAGAAAAGCUACGGUCAGUAAAAUGUUAAAAUUUUACCCAGUCGUUUUCAAUUAAUUAAAUUUAACACAUCCUGAUUAUAUUAUUUUUUGUAUUUUCUUUUCUUGCGCAAGCUUUUUUUUAUCACCCAUAGCUGUUGAGCUAUCCAUUUCAUGAGUUUAUAUUUAGUUCCUUUUAUAAUUUUGUCCAUAUUUAUCCUUGCCAUUUUUUACACUAUAGAUCUGAUUUUAAGGUUAAAAUCUCAACUGUUAUUAAGGUGAUUUUUACUGUUUUACUGCAGUAAUGUUUUUUAUAGUCGUUCAAAUAAAUACUCAUUGUUCUAUGCUAUCCAUUUAAAUUUCAACUUAUCUUGACUGAUAUUCAUAAUACUUUUCCUUUUAAACAUCUAAAUAUUUAAUUUCUGCUUUAUAUAAAUACAUACAUUUAUUGCCUGCAAGAGACAGACAACACUUUAUUCUUUUUAACUUUAAUUAUGGCAAUGCAUUCUCAGUGCUCCGGCCAGGACAGGGGCAGGGAGCUACUGGUCAGAAACAGCACUUUUGAUGUACAUUGAAUGAGCCUAAAUUUGGCACUUGCAAAGGUCAAUAUCAAAUCUUAUUGUGUAUGUGUUGUAACUACUUUCAAUACCAACAGUUUGUUAUGAGUACCUUAGCUGUUAUCUUUACCUGGAUGUCAAAAUUAGGAAUAUUUAUUAUUUUUAUAUAUUUUUUUGAAAAAAGGUUAACUCUGUCAAGCAAAAUGGCACAGUAGGGUGUAGUAAAAGGCAGCAGGGUGCCCCACCCUGCUGUUUAUGCCUAGCUGGACCACUGCCUCCUCCAACUUUCCUGUUGGAGCUUCUUCUUUGUAUUCUGGCAUUUUAAUUUUAGUUAUUAACUUCCUUUUACAAUAUAUUUUUUUUGAAAUGUAUCAAACUUUACUUGAUGUGAGUUUGGAGCUGAUGUUUUCUGAACAUAUACUUACAGCUUUGUGCAUAUCAAAAGUGAUGUAUUGUUGUGUGUUCUUUUUCCCAAAUUAUUUUACAAAUGUACUAUAAAAAUGUUGUUUAUGAUAUACUGAAAUCCAGUGAAUUUAUACACAAGUAUGAGAUAUGUUGCUUGAAAGUGGAUGUUGUUUUUUUUAGAAAAAUACAUGAAUUUUAUGUUUUUCUUUAAAACUUGAUAUUGUCAAAGCUUUGGUGUCAUCAAUGGAAAUGUGCAAAAACUUUAUGUUUGGCCUUUUUAAUUGAAAAAUAAAACACUUGUUACCAGAAACAAUAUGUGUAUGUUUAAUUAAGAAAGCCUAUAACUCAGGCUUUAAAUAUUGUUAAGUAAUGCCCCUUAUUUGAAUGAAGAAAAACAAAACCGGACGAGCUUUGGCAUUUGCUCCAUUAAGCUCAUUUCUAAAUUUGGUAUAUAAUUAUAUUUUGUCUGUUAUAUAACAUUCCAUAAUUGUAUCUUUUAAAGAUAAAAUUACAUGAAUUUUGAAUGUGUGUUUUUAUGAUGAUGAACAAAUAUUUUUAUAACUAAUAUUGAUGUAAUAACCAAUGAUAGGUUAACUUGUGAUACAAAUGACAUAAAAGAAUUUAGCUACUUUGUUUAUGCAAAGAUUGGUUGUAGGAAUGAAAUUUUUUCACUGAUAGAAGUAUUAUUAACAUUCUGAUUCACAAUUGAACUUUGAAAGUAGGAAUAUGAAAAUUUCCAAAAAUAUCCUACAAGAACUAUUUUUAAUAAUUUUUAAUACAAAAAUUGUUAUUCUGACUUGACGUUCCUCUUUUCGAGUGUAAUACAACCAUUACGUAUUACAUUAAAUUACUAUAAGGUAAUAUAGCUUAAAAUGACAUAAUUUUCCCCUUUGUAGCUUGACAUAUUUUAACAGAAAAAAAGUUAAAAUGUUAAUUUUUGGUGAGAAAUAAGAGUUGUGAUAACAGUAAUCUGACAUUUGUAGCCAUUUGAUACAAAACUUGAUGAAACUUAUAAUAGAAAUGUUAUAUAUGUUAUACUAUUGUACAUUACAUUGACUAAGUAAUUAGCUGGUCCUCUAUAUAACAAUCAUUUACAUUUAUCAGCGUAAUGCACCAGGCAAUUGUAGCCACAGCCCCCCCCCCCCCCAGCUCCGGGGUUAUACCGGGGAUAGGUUGGGGAAAUGUGCCGUGUUUUUACUUUUCAGGUGCCCCGCAGUGCCGAGUGAAUGCUGUGGUUUUGUCUUCGCGACAAAAAUAGCGGGGAAUAACCUUACCUAGGGUCCCUGGGGUGGGGGGGGCAUUUGGCGGGAUUUUACCAGCAGUUCAUCCCCGAGGGCGGAGAUUUUACCCGGGCUUGGCUGGACCGAAAGUCAAAGUCCCCCCUAUUCUCCAGACCUGGGAGGGCCGUGGUUACGACUGACUGGUGCAUCAUAUUGAAAUCAAAAGUUGUAAUCAUUGUUAAUCGGUGCAAUAUUGGAUAGCUAGCUGUUCAGAAGAGGGUUGUAGGAAAUUAUAUAAUUAUUAAACUUGUUUUACAUAAAGUUUAUAGUUUUCAAGCCAAACUAUUGUCUUACUGAAAGGUGUGCAUGAUUUAUAUGUAGAAAGAUAUAUAUGAGUUAGAUUGACUUUUAUUAAUCAACUAUUUUGUAUUUGACACUAUACCAGGACAAUAUUUGUUCUAAUACUUUACAAUUGAUAAAUACAGCUGACCUUGUACAUGUAACAGAGCCAAUAUGAAAUCACCUAAAUUAUAAUUACAUUAUAAUGAAGGCUUUAGAAAGUCUUAGAUUAAGGAAAAUGUAUACCAAACCAGAAUGAUUAUUUUGAAAGUAAGUUUGUACCAUAAUAAGAAGAAUGUGAAAAUCUGCUUAUGUCCCAAUGAUAAUUAAACAUGGUACCAUAAUUUGGCUUUAUUAAACACAUGAACACAUUCGUAUCUUGUCUGUUUUGGGAAUACAAAAGUUAUGCUUAACAACAGGAUAGAGUUGGCGUUCGCACAUCCGUGCUCUUGACUAUAAAAAAUAACUUGUGUUCUGAAGAUAGGCAUUACCAUAUCAGUAUGAAUAAUAACUAUUUCCUUUUUCUCUGGUCAUAGUAUCCAGUGUUUCAAGAUUAUAUAUAAAUCCUAUGUGUUGUCCUGACGGUUUAUUCAUUUUAAGGAAAAUUGAUCCUAGAAUCAUGCAAAUGCCUUAAAGAAGAGAGUCUUACCAUUUCAGAUUAUUUUUUUUGUGAUUUCAUUUGAUAUGACCUAACUGCCAUUUGAAUUUUUUUUUAAAUUUGAAAUGCCAUUUGGCUAUUUUUGAUUGGUUAAUGUUUUAUAUACAUGUGCUAUUGCUAUCAUUGGUCAAGAUGUUCAAACUAUGUUGUCUACUUUGCUUUUAAUGUUGUUGCUUUUAUACAUAUGUGCUAAAUACCCUGCAUAUAAGGUUUAACUGGACACGUUUUAUGAGGAUACAUAUGUUAAUUGCAUCUAAGACCCUUGUUUUGAAGUUGACGAAUAACCAGACACUGUGAUCAGAAGGGAUUGAAAAUCAAACCAAAACCAUUAUCAUUGAUCAAAAUAACUGUAAUGGUUAUUUUGACCAAUCAUUGAUUUCAUAAAUGUAAAUGAAAACAUGCUCGAAAAGGAUCAGUUUCCAAAAGUUGUUUCUAACCGAUUUUCAUGAAGAAUAGGAAUGAGAUUAAAAAUCCAGUGAAAAUAUCACCUUUACUUUGAAAACAACACUAAUUUAUAGUUAAAUCUUUGAUAAAAAAUCAAGAUAAUUGGGUAAAAUACCAUUAUUUUAUGAUUUUUGACAUUCAAAUAAAAGUUAGCGUACAAUAUCGUUUUACUACUCGUGAUAAAACAAUUUUUGAAAAUGUUUUAGGUUUUGCUUGAUAUAACAUUUUUUGUCACCUUGUGAAAGUCUUUCAUUUAGUUGUGCAUUACUUGUAGUUUAUAAAAAUUAGUAAAUAUUUGUGAUUUUGUAAUCUACAGUUGUGGCUUUUUGUGCAUUUGUUGAUGGUUUUGUAAUCAAUGCAUAAAUGUUUUGUUUCUUCUUGUACAUUCAUUUAAAGCUUACUAAUUGCAAUUUUGUAAUAUAAGUAAGACACCAUUGUGUGACUUUUGUGUGUAUAACAGAAACAUUGUAUCAACCCAAGGAAUUUUUUAUUUUGUUCAUUUUAAGCACAUAUAAACUGAUUUCCAUAUAAAAGAUGAUAAUGAAAGUAAUUUAUGAAUGAUCUUCAAUAAUUUUAUUUUUAUAAUCAUUGUUGGACCGGUGAAUUUUUUUGCGAUUACACCUUCUUACCUUUUAUAUCUUAUUUAACACAUUGUACAUAGUAUAUUUGUAUGACGCAGUGUCGGACAUUUAACACGUGAUGUCUAUAUAUCUUCUAGCAAAUACAAGAUGAGCAAUUGUCAAUGUAGUUUUUGAAAAUGUCUGUAUUGUGUAUGUCGAUUUUGUGCGUUGUGAAAGCAUACAUAUUUUGUUGAAUAAAAUUUAAAUAACA